CUGGUUGAUAAAUAUAAGCCAUCUCAUGCAGUACCCCAUAGCUCCUACCACGCUCAGAUGCUCUUUGGAAGCUCGAGGCAGUCCGAUGUUUUUAGCCUCACGCUAAUCUCUUUUACUUACGUCAUAUUCAUUACUUCAAAACAUAUUCAGCCUAUAUAAAGUUGGUUUUAGAACUCUAAGCUAGAAUGUCCCGCCUCUCUCGCUACCUGCGAGAACAUGGGGUUGGCUGCUGGCUGUCGUUCGUUCUUUUCGCACACAAAGCAUGUAACAUAGCGCUGGUGUUUGUAGGCAUCGCCAUGUUAGCCUAUGCGGGGGACAUAAUCGCCACCCAGCAGCAUCCCCAGCCACCCCAGCGCCAGCAAUACCUACAACUGCAGUCCACAUCUCAGGACGUCACCACCGCCACCCUCACCUCCCCUGCCUGGCCCUCCUGGCUCCCCGCCCUCCACCUGCCCUCGCUGCCCCCCGCCGCCCUCGCCUUCCUCGUCAUGGGCCUGCUCGCCUGCCUCUCCGCCGCGGCUGCUCUGGGCGCUGCUGCGGUGCACAGCCUGGCGCUGCUCAACACGCAUCUGGUGCUGCUGGCACUGCUGCUGGCGGGUCAGGUGUGCCUUGCGGCGGCAGUGGCCUCGGACGACGGCGGCAGGGAGGGCCAACCGGGUGCCGCCUCUAACCCGCACAGCACCACCUCCUCGUCAACUGUGACGUACGGCAGCAGCAGCAUGUACGGCAGCAGCAGCGGCAGCAGCAAAGCCCUGAAGUACGGCGGUGUCAGCAGCAGUGCUUCCAUACGAGUUCAGCUUCGGAAUGCGUUAGUGGCGUACGAGUGGGCCGACGUGGUGUCCGCGACCGUUGAGCUUCUGUCGCUGCUGCUCGGCUGCUUGCUGCACUCGGCCUACGUACGAGCGGAGGAGGCGGCGGAGGACGCGGAGGAGGCGCUGGGGCUGCCGGACGGGGAGGCGGCCGCACCGUUCCUGACCUCCAGGCGUCGAGCGGACCGGCAGCAGCAGCAGCAGUCCCCGGGGGGCUCCCGCCGUACACCCCUGCCGCAAAGAGUACGACGAGACGACUCCUGGAGCCGCCGCAUGCGGGAUCAGUACGGCGUGGAUACGGCAGGGCUGUCGUACGAUCCGCUUGCAGGGAUGGCGGGCGGUGGUGGUGG